CUUAUUCGGUAGCACCUACUGGAUAAUCAAGUUUUUAACACGAAGUAAACGAGCCCAUAUAUGAGGGCGGCGUACUAACUGCAACAGCGUCAAAACAUUCAUCCAUACCCGUAUCUUCGGAAGGUGAACUUAUAAAUAAUCUCUCUUUUCUUCUCCACUUUCAUCUUCUACCAAUCCAACGGUGAAACCUGUAAGAUUCACAAACCCUGCUUUCUUCUUCGUCCUCCAUAUAAAUCGUCAUUGUUUCAUUUCAAAUUCAACAUUUAAUUUGUUCUGCUUUCCACAACUUUUGAAUUCUUAAUCGUUUGGACUGGAUUUAAUAUUCGAUUUGUCGAGUACUUCACUUUCGCUUCGCAUCAUCAAGGUUUUCUUGUUUGAGUGGAGGAUGCUAUUUAUGUUUUAAAAGUUCACCGAAGAAUUUGGUUUCAGCCUAGUGUGCGACCUUUAGGGUAGGAAGCUUUUUAUCACAAUGGGAACCCCUUACCGCAGUGUUGGCUUUAGGAAAUCGAAUGACAGUGCCAGACUUGUUAUUACUACAGUUAUGGGCAUGGUGUUUGGAUAUUUUAUAGGCAUUUCCUUUCCAUUACUUUCUUUAGCCAAGAUUAACUUACCUUCAAGCCUUAUAUCAUCUCUUGAUGUAGCCUUUGGUGAGGACCAUCAGAGAUUUACUGAGCGUAGUUUUCCUGAAAAUCUUGGUUCGGGUAGCACUCCAUUAUCACCUAAGAUCUAUGUUCCUUCCAACCCUCGGGGUGCAGAGUCAUUGCCACCAGGAAUUGUAGUUUCAGAAUCUGAUUUUUAUCUACGUAGAUUAUGGGGUGAACCACGCGAGGACCUGAAAACGAAGCCGAAGUACCUUGUAACGUUCACAGUUGGUUUGGAUCAAAAGAAUAAUAUCAAUGCAGCUGUUAAAAAGUUUUCAGAAGAUUUUCAAAUUAUGCUUUUCCAUUAUGAUGGCCGGACAACUGAAUGGGAUCAAUUUGAGUGGUCAAAGCGUGCAAUUCAUGUCAGUGUUAGAAAGCAGACAAAAUGGUGGUAUGCAAAGCGGUUUUUGCAUCCUGAUGUUGUAGCUGCUUAUGAUUACAUAUUUAUUUGGGACGAAGAUCUUGGAGUAGAACACUUUAAUGCACAAAAGUAUAUUCAACUUGUGAAGAAACACGGUCUGGAGAUAUCUCAGCCUGGAUUAGAGCCAAACAAUGGAUUGACAUGGCAGAUGACAAAAAGGAGAGGAGACAAAGAAGUCCACAAGGAUACAGAUGAGAAACCAGGAUGGUGCAGUGAUCCACAUUUGCCUCCCUGUGCAGCUUUUGUAGAAAUUAUGGCUCCUGUGUUCUCUCGAGAAGCAUGGCGGUGUGUUUGGCAUAUGAUUCAGAAUGACCUGGUGCAUGGAUGGGGAUUAGAUUUUGCUCUUAGAAGAUGUGUAGAGCCUGCUCAUGAAAAGAUUGGUGUAGUUGAUUCACAGUGGAUUAUUCAUCAAGUUAUCCCUUCUCUAGGGAAUCAGGGUCGGUCUGAAGAUGGUAAAGCUCCGUGGCAAGGGGUAAGAGAGAGAUGCAGAGGGGAAUGGGCAAUGUUCCAAGAUCGCCUUGCCAAUGCUGACAAACAAUAUUUUGCACAGCUCGGAAGGAGUUGAAAGGACGUCAGUAAAAAAUGCUUCUGUUUUGACUGGAAUUUUGUACAUGGAACUCCGAUUUUCAUUCUCGAGUUAUACGCUCCCUCUCUCUUCUUUCUCAGCAGUAGAGAGUAGCAACCACAAUAUUCAUCUAUGUAGUCAGGGGCAGUCAAAAAAUAAGUUAGGAACCGGAAUAUCUCUGUGCAUAGUUACCCGAGAUUUUUAUUGAGUAAUAUAUAGGCAACUGAAGAAGAUAUUUUGUUCAUAUGUUUUCUUGGGUAUUUCGUAUGGUGUGUAAUUCAUUCAUCAAUCCCCAGAAGGCCAGAACAUCGUUUCAGUAAAUGGUUCAUCUUCAACUUUAAUGAAUUGAUCCUGAAUGAAUUCUAAAGGUAGUUUUCCCCUUAUGGAUAUCUAGUUUCAAUAGAUAAUAUGUUACAUACAGUCAUACAAACAAGAUAUGAAACAUUCAAAGUUGUCAUUAAGUCGUCAUUAA